AUGAUGAGCCUGCUCCCCUGCCGAUCCUCGCUCCGUGCUUCCCGAGUCAGUCGUCGAACCUUCCCUACGUGCAUUCGGACUUGCCGGCUGACCACCGAUGUCCCUGCCUCCCCACCAAAUCUUUAGCCGCUCGCUCGAGCAUUCUCGGUCUCGCCUCGCGUGCUCUCCGUCGCUCCUACCUCGGCCAAGAGCUCCGUCAGCAAGAUCUGGCGCUCAGCAGAGGAGGCUGUCGCCGAUGUCAAGGGAGACUCGAUCCUCUUGUCCGGAGGUCAGUACCCGCCUCCCGCCGAGUUCCAGCGACUCGGGAUGGGCCGGGCCGCGGCACACCCUUACGUGGCUCGGAAGAGGCCUAGGCUCGGCUUGAUGUCGGCCAAUGUAAAGAUUGAUAUCGUAUCAAUCUAACGUGCGGGGGAGAUCGCAUGGUGCGGGUGCAUGGGGCUGCAGCACCAGCCACAGCUUGCGCCGAUGACCUCGCCGUCGGGCUGAACGAUGUCCCGCGCCAGCCGAACUCCCUAGAUUGCCGCUACGAUGGCAUCGAGCUGACCUCGGGAAUCCUCAUCCUUCCUGCAGGUUUCGGAUUAUGCGGAACUGCUGGUGAGUGCUCAUUGAGGGUCCCGAUACCCCGACUAUGGCCAUUUCCGGACAAAAUGGCUCAUUCCUCGCCCACUCCCGCUUCCUUUAGACACGCUCAUCAGAGCUCUCUCCAAGCGACCCGAGGUCAAGAACCUCACUUGCGUCUCCAACAAUGCCGGGGUUGAUAAGCUCGGUCUCGGUGAGUACCUUUCCCGCAUGACACCCCUCUAUGCGCUGACUGUUCAUCUUUCGAAUUGCUCUCUCAUCAGGUAUCCUCUUGCACUCGGGCCAAAUCGACCGCAUGAUCUCGUCUUACCUUGGAGCCAACAAGGUCAGUGAACAUCUAGACGCUAUGGUUAUGAGUGCAAAAUUCUGACCCGACCUUUUGAAUUCAUAACCAAACAGCACUUUGAGGGUCUCUACCUUAACGGAAAAAUAUCGCUCGAGCUCACCCCUCAGGGAUCGCUCGCCGAAAGAUGUCGAGCCGGUGGAGCCGGUAUCCCCGCCUUCUACACCCCCGCCGGUUACAGAACUGCUGUGCAGACGGGUGAGAUCCCGAUCCGAUACAAGGAGGGAGGCAAGCAAGAGGUCGACAUUCCCGGCAAGCCGAGGGAAGUGAGAGAGUUCGACGGCAAAGGCUACAUCAUGGAGGAGGCGAUCAAGGGUGACUACGCCUUCAUCAAGGUCUGGAAGGCCGACGAGUACGGCAACUGCGUGUUCCGAUACGCCGCACAAAACUUCUCGGGUGCCAUGGCUCGAUCGGCCAAGGUCACAAUCGUCGAGGCCGAGGAGAUCGUCCCCAUCGGCUCGUUGGACCCCAACAACAUUCAUGUCCCCGGUGUCUUCGUCAACCGCGUCGUUCAGUCUACAACACCGAAGCAGGUCGAGAUCGAAGUUUUGCGCAAGAGCGACGACGAUGCCAAUUCAGGCAAAGAUGCCGGUCAGCUCCGCCGCGAAAGGAUCGCGAAGCGAGCGGCCAAGGAGUUGAAGGAGGGCAUGUACGUCAACCUCGGUAUUGGGAUGCCGACGCUCGCGCCUUCGUUCCUCGAGCCGGGGACGGUCAUUCACAUGCAAUCCGAAAACGGUAUCCUCGGCAUGGGCCCCUACCCGACCAAGGAGCAGGUCGACGCCGACAUCAUCAACGCCGGCAAGGAGACCGUCACGCUUUUGCCCGGUGCUUCGACGUUCGACUCGACUGAAUCAUUCGCCAUGAUCCGUGGUGGUCACGUUGAUGUCUCGAUGCUCGGUGCGAUGCAAGUCUCGGCGAGUGGUGAUUUGGCCAACUAUAUGAUCCCGGGCAAGAUGGUUAAAGGACCUGGUGGCGCGAUGGAUCUCGUUUCGAACCCGGAAAAGACCAAGGUCGUCGUUGUGAUGGACCACGUUGCCAAGGGUGGCAAGCACAAGAUUCUCGAUACGUGCACCUUACCUUUGACCGGUGUCAACUGCGUGUCGCAGAUCAUCACCGACCUGUGCGUAUUCGACAUCGAUCGCGUCAACAAGAAGAUGGUCCUGUCCGAACUGCAACCGGGUGUCACGGUCGAGGAUGUGCGCAAGGCCACGGGGGCUAAGUUCGACGUCGCUGAUAACCUCGUCGAGCUCUCUGCAUGA